UAGGAGGAGUCUCAUACGACGCUCGGGCGCUAUUCUGUUCUUUGCUUUGCCGCUGAGAUUCUAAUGCAACGGAGCCCAAUCAAGCUCAGAUAAUGCAAUCUCCCAACUCUUACUUCUAGAGUACGCUGACCUGAGGACCACAUAAACGGCAUGGGCACAGACGUUCAUCGUCCAUACCGAAACCUCUUCUUGUAGACGGGAAUUGUAUUUUCUUCAGUCACUUCGGAUGGCAGAUCUUGAGCAAGGAGGAGUAGCCUCUCCCCGAGCCCAGCAGCUCGUCUGAACGCGAGGGAUCGGAUCUGAGAAAGCCCGCGUGCUUCCAGCUGCUCUUGUGCUUCUUCUUUCCGAAGGGGAAAGUAUCAGGAUUACCAGCAGAUAGAUGUAAAUUGAAAGACACUUCUGAUAGGCACUGGUGAGGAAGAAGGGGGGAAAUCUGCAGACUGUGAGAGUCGGGAGCUCGCGCGCAAGGCUCAAUAUAUCACUGGAUUCUACAUUUAUACCUCAAGAAAAAUGUCAUCUCAUACGAAGAUCAGGAAGGACAAGGAGAUCAUUGCGGAGUAUGAAACGCAAGUGAAAGAGAUUCGUAAUCAGUUGGUGGAGCAGUUCAAGUGCCUGGAGCAGCAAUCAGAGGCUCGGAUCCAGCUGUUGCAGGACCUGCAGGAGUUUUUUCGGCGCAAAGCUGAGAUUCAACUGGAGUAUUCUCGCAGUCUGGAGAAACUGGCUGAAAGGUUCUCAUCAAAGAUUCGCGGCCCAAGGAAAGAACAACACCUCCUCUCUUCAGUAAACUGCUGGUAUCUGGUUUUGAACCAGACUCGAAGAGAAAGCAGAGAUCAUGCCACACUUAACGACAUCUACAUUAAUAAUGUCAUCGUUCGCCUGGCUCAGAUCAGCGAGGACGUCAUCCGGCUCUUCAAAAAGAGUAAAGAAAUUGGCAUUCAGAUGCACGAGGAGCUGGUGAAAGUGACAAACGAGCUGUAUACUGUUAUGAAGACGUAUCACAUGUACCACACGGAGAGCAUCAGUGCAGAAAGCAAACUGAAGGAGGCUGAGAAACAAGAAGAGAAGCAGUUUAGCAAAUCUGGAGACCUCAAUGUCAACCUUCUGCGCCACGACGACCGACCCCAGCGCCGCAGCUCAGUCAGGAAGAUUGAGAAGAUGAAAGAGAAGAGACAAGCAAAGUACUCCGAGAACAAACUGAAAUGCACAAAAGCCCGCAAUGACUAUUUAUUGAACCUGGCAGCCACCAACGCCGUUGUGGCGAAAUAUUACAUCCACGAUGUUUCGGAUAUGAUUGAUUGCUGUGACCUCGGGUAUCAUGCUAGCUUGGCACGCACAUUAAGGACCUAUCUGUCUGCUGAGUACAACCUGGAGACCUCUCGCCAUGAGGGUCUGGAUAUCAUUGAGAACGCUGUGGACAACCUGGACCCUCGUAGCGACAAGCACAAGAUCAUGGACAUGUACAAUCAGGUCUUUUGCCCACCCAUGCGCUUUGAGUUUCUGCCGCACAUGGGAGAUGAGGUGUGCCAGGUGAGCGCUCAGCAGCCCGUCCAGACUGAACUUCUGAUGCGUUACCACCAGCUGCAGUCCCGCUUGUCCACACUCAAGAUUGAGAAUGAGGAGGUGCGCAAGACCCUGGAUGCCACCAUGCAGACCUUACAAGACAUGCUGACAGUGGAGGACUUUGAUGUAUCAGAUGCCUUUCAGCACAGCCGAUCCACAGAGUCCAUCAAAUCCGUGGCUUCUGAGAGUUACAUGAGCAAAUUAAACAUUGCUAAGAGACGAUCCAAUCAGCAGGAGACGGAAGUCUUCUACUUCACUAAAUUCAAGGAGUACCUGAACGGCAGUAACCUCAUUAUUAAGCUACAGGCCAAGCAUGAUCUCCUGAAACAGACUCUGGGGGAAGGAGAAAGAGCUGAAUGUGGAACUACAAGACCCCCAACCCUUCCCCCGAAACCACAGAAAUUGCGGAAACCAAGGCCUCGUUCCAUCUAUAACCAUAAGCUGUUUAAUGGCAAUAUGGAGAGUUUCAUUGAGGACUCAGGUCAACCCAUUCCUCUGGUUGUGGAGAGCUGUAUUCGAUACAUUAAUCUAUAUGGGCUGCAGCAACAAGGCAUAUUCCGAGUUCCCGGAUCUCAGGUGGAAGUCAACGAUAUUAAAAAUUCAUUUGAAAGAGGUGAGGACCCACUGGUUGAUGAUCAGAGCGAUCAUGACAUCAACUCUGUGGCUGGCGUUCUUAAGCUGUAUUUCAGAGGGCUGGAGAAUCCUAUUUUCCCCAAGGAGCGCUUCCUGGAUUUGAUCUCCACCAUCAAGCUUGAAUCAUCAGCGGAAAGAGCCCACCACAUCCAGCAGAUCAUCGUCACCCUUCCUCGUACCAUCAUCAUCGUCAUGCGAUACCUGUUUGCUUUUCUAAAUCAUCUGUCCCAGUACAGUGAUGAGAACAUGAUGGACCCAUAUAACCUUGCCAUCUGUUUUGGACCCACUCUGAUGCCCAUCCCGGAGGGUCAGGACCCUGUGGCCUGUCAGGCUCAUGUUAAUGAGGUCAUCAAGACCAUCAUCAUCCACCACGAGGUCAUCUUCCCCAGCCCGCGUGAGCUGGAUGGCCCUGUCUAUGAAAAAUGUAUGACUGGAGGAGAGGAGUACUGUGACAGUCCUCACAGUGAACCAGGCACCAUUGAUGAAGCUGACAACUGCACUGAACCACACACGAGCGAUGAUGAGGUUGAGCAGAUCGAAGCUAUUGCAAAGUUUGAUUACAUGGGUCGGACUCCUCGAGAGCUGUCCUUCAAAAAAGGUGCAUCCCUUUUGCUGUAUCAUCGUGCCUCUGAGGACUGGUGGGAGGGCAGACACAACGGGGUUGACGGACUCAUACCUCACCAGUAUAUAGUAGUACAAGACUUGGAUGAUGCGUUCUCUGAUAGUCUGAGUCAGAAGGCUGACAGCGAGGCCAGCAGUGGACCUUUACUGGACGAUAAAGCCUCAUCCAAAAAUGAUCUGCAGUCCCCUUGUGAACCUUCGCCUGAUUACAACUUCAGUGGGGUUAUGGGCCGGGUUAGGUUGCGUUCGGAUGGUUCUGCCAUUCCUCGGCGCCGCAGUGGCACCGACUCUCACAGUCCUGCCCGAGACACACCGCCGCGGGCCGCCGCCUGCCCCAGCAGCCCCCACAAGGUGGCGGUCAGUAGAGGCCACAUAGAGAGUCCUGAGAAGAGACGUUUGGGAACCUUUGGCAGUGCAGGCAGCAUUAACUACCCUGAGAGAAAGGUCUAUCCUGAGGGUCACCCGCUCAGGCCGCUGCCAGGAGCAACAAGACACAGCAGCCUAGGAGACCACAAGUCCUUGGAGGCUGAGGCUUUAGCAGAGGAUAUUGAGAAGACAAUGAACACCGCACUUCAUGAGCUCCGUGAAUUGGAACGCCAAAACACAGCCAAACAAGCUCCUGACGUUGUUCUGGAUACGUUAGAACCGCUCAAGAACCCUGUGAGCUCAGAGCCAGCGAGCCCCUUACACACCAUCAUGAUCCGAGACCCAGACGCGGCCCUGAGACGCAGCAGCAGCUCCAAUACGGAGAUGAUGACCACCUUUAAACCGGCGCUGUCCGCCAGACUGGCCGGAGCCCAGCUCAGACCUCCACCUAUGAGACCUGUGCGACCCCCACCCACACAGCACCGCUCCAGCAGCUCCAGCUCCUCUGGGGUGGGAAGCCCUGCUGUGACCCCCACAGAGAAGAUCUUUCCAAACAACGCAAGCAACGCUGCAGCUUCCUCCACCAACUCUGGCGAGAAACCCGGGACCAUGUAGCAGCAGCCGCAGGCCCGUGGUGCAGUGUAGCUACCUGCGCUGCUGAGGGCUAGAUGCUCAUUCCAGGAAGGAAGUUCAGGAGUGCUAUUUCAUUUCUGAAUUUCUCUAUUUCUCUAUUUUUUGAGCCUUUGAGAGUUCUAGAAAUGUAGCUGAGUUUUGGCCUAGUGGUUAGGCUUGUUGAGCCUGGUUGUGGAUGAUGUGAGUCGAGUCUGGCUCAGGUGAUUUUUCCCAUUCCAUUGCGUUCUUCCCAUCAUUUCCUGCCCUCUCUGUGAAAAAAAAAAAUACAAAAAAAAAAAAAAAAUUCUACAAUACAGGGGAAAAAGGACAAUUCCAGGGUAAAUUUCAUGGUAUUAUAAAAAGAAGGUUGAAUAAAAAGAUCAGUUCCGCUUUUUUAUUUUGUAUUAAUUUUAUUUUUAUUAUUAAUUUUACCUCAGAGUUACUAUUAACUUGUCCGUUUUGGCCACAUUUUUAUUUAGAGCAAGAUCAAGCGAGUGGUUUGCAUUUGUUUCUCUCUGCACUGGUUGGCCAGAAGAGUUCUGUUAUUAAUGAAUGCCUAAACUCUCAUUGGAGGACCGUUUUAAAAUUAGUGAUAAGUCCCACCCUCCAGAACUGGACUGUACAUAUAAUAGAACCAGACGGUCACUCAAAGACUGUCUAACAUGGCCAGCUACCUUUGAGCUUUUGUAAAUAGAGAUAUACUGUACUUGAACUUGUAAUGCCUUUCGUUUGUAGAAUAAGCGAUAUACAUCAAAGUAACAACAUAGCCAAGCUGUAUACAUAUAUGAGAUGCAGAAAACCAAUAUACCAACUAAUUGUAUGAAACCUGUGGUAAAAUUUAGUUUUACUUGUAUAUAAAUUUUGGGUAGAUUUCUUUUUAAAUGUCAAUCUUGUACAACCGAGGAGAGAACAGGCAGGGAGACUAGAACGGCUUUUAAAAUUUACAACCGAGACGCAAACAAAUAAUCAAUCAAAAGUCUGAGCCAUUAAUAUUAAUAUUAGUUUGGAGAGUGCUCUACUUUUUUCUUCUCUGUGUUUUUUGGAUCACAUCAGCUUUCUAAGUUCAUCAUGCCUAAUUUACACAUGUAAAUGCUUCACUCUUUUAAAGUUAUGUGGCCUUAAGGCAUUCCAUUGAGCUCUAUGUUAUUGCAAGAAUCCAUCAUUUACAUAUUUAAAAUAGUCCUGCUUUGGACAUGUAUUCCAUAUAUACUCUGUUAACCGUUAUUUCAAUAUUAAUACUUACUAAAUUAACCAGAUGACACACAAGCUACCCAAGUAGAAGGGUGAAUUACACCAAACAUGCCGGAGACUUUUGAUGAAAAUUAGAAAAAAAAGAAAAUAAAAGUAUUAGUUGUCAUAGUAAUAAUAUCAUAACAGAAAAUUCUUAUAGGACUCAUUUUCUUGCGCAAAAUAAUUUUUCAUUUUUUUUCUUUUGAUUUUUACCAUGAUUCGGACAUGCUUUUGUGAGAUUCAAUCAAAAACUUUUAAUUUUUAUUUAAUGCAUUUGUAAAUGCAUACCACACUGUCUCUGACUAUGGACAGAUCCCUCCUUCCCGAUCUAAGUGUUUUAUGUGAUAAUAUCAUAACACAAAUUUUUUUUAUAAAUUAUAAAUAUACAACAAUGCAAAAAUAUCCUAAAAUUACUUUUUUUUCUUAAUAUAUUUUUUGGGGACAUAUUUUUGUUAGAUUCACCAUAAAGUCUUGUUUUUGUAAGAAAUAGGAUGCUAAUUAAAGCAUCUUUUCUAGUGCAAUGAAUGAUGCAUUUGUAGAUCCAUGCCACACUCCCUGUGAUGAGGUACAGAUCCCUCCUCCACAUUUAAAUAUUCAAUAGCCUAGAGAAACCAGCUCCAACAAGAGAAACUCCACUGCCCCCAAUCUGUCAUAUCAUCUCCGGUUCAUCUUCAGCAUUACCCCUCCUCCCUGAGCUGUGCUUGAAGAGGGAAUACCCAGCCGUGUACAAAAUUUGCCCGACUGACCUAGAUAUCCACUUAAACACACUGAGCCCAAAGCUUUAAUCUCAUCUUCUUCGCUGAAUAUACCUUUGCGGUUUGCCUAAGAAUUUGCCACUUCACUUUCCAAUCAUAAUGCUUGGGUAAAGAUAAAAAUAAUUGCAUAAAAAUGGUUCUCCUAAGCAAACAGUACUGUUACUACGCAAUAUUUUUAAUCUAGAAAUAUCUCUAGAUUUGCGUUUGAUGUCAUGCUUGAGCUGUUACAUGGUCUCCGUUAGUCUAAUGUUUCUCGUUGGUGCCAUACUAAUUUACGCUUGCAUUUGGGGCAUA